ACGUGGCAACUAGAUAUAAAUGUACAGUAGCAUUAACAUCAAAGACUAGCUUAGAGAUUUGGAACAUGAUUGAAAAAAUAUACAAUGAUCCCAAAAAUCCUCUCAAGUGGCUGGCAUUGUUGAUGGUUGAUGGUGCCAGUGAGUUUAAAGAAUCAUUUGUGAAAGGAAUGGAGCAAUAUAAUGUUCCUAUAAGUGUUGUCGAUCUUUAUAGCUUUGAGAGCUUAGCAUUAGUUAAAAAAUUCAAACAAGAUUUGGUGAGACUUAUAUACAAAAUUCAAUAUGCCAUAGAGAGAAAACUCAAAGAAG